AUGCAAGAACAGAGCUUGUGCGGCAAGCUUAGCGCCUUGAUCUUUUCCCCAGACUUCGCCAUCUUGAUUAGUUCAUAUAUCAGGAUGCCAUCUAUAUGCAUGUGUCCUGCUCCCUUGCCUCGUGUCAACCAUGCCUGGCCAAUAUCGGUAAAGGCCUUGUAG